CGCGCGCUGCUUCCGCCCGCCCCCGGGAGGAAGAGCGGCGGCGGCAGCGGCUUCCGCUUCCGGCGCGUGCCCUUGCCCGUCCGUGUGGCCGCGGGGAUGUUGGCGGCGGCGCGGGGCCUGGCGCGGGCCGCGCUGCGAGCUGGUGCAGGCCCGGCGACGGUGCAGGCCCGGCUGGCGGCGACCUCGGCCACGGAGACGCGUCCUACUGUCAGACCAAAAAAUGAAGUAGAGCAGAAGCAGCUAUGUGCUUUUGGGGAGUAUGUGGCCGAGAUCCUUCCUAAGUAUAUCCAGCAAGUACAGGUGACUUGUUUCAAUGAGCUGGAACUUUUGAUCCAUCCAGAUGGGAUCAUUCCAGUUCUGACUUUCCUUCGAGAUCACACAAAUGCCCAGUUCAAAUCCUUGGCGGACUUGACUGCUGUUGACGUUCCAUCUCGGCAGUACCGCUUUGAGAUUGUGUACAAUCUCCUGUCUCUGCGGUUCAACAGUCGUAUCCGCGUGAAAACAUAUACUGACGAGCUGACGCCUGUUGACUCAGCAGUGUCUGUGCACAAGGCGGCAAACUGGUAUGAAAGAGAGGUUUGGGACAUGUAUGGUGUUUUCUUUGCGAACCACCCUGAUCUAAGGCGAAUCCUUACAGACUAUGGGUUUGAGGGCCAUCCUUUCCGGAAGGACUUUCCGCUCUCUGGUUAUGUGGAGGUGCGGUAUGAUGAUGAAGUGAAACGGGUAGUGGCAGAGCCUGUGGAGCUAUCUCAGGAAUUUCGCAAGUUUGAUCUGAAUAGUCCUUGGGAGGCAUUUCCUGCCUAUCGUGCAGCGCCAGAACCCCUGAAAAUAGAAGCAGGAGCUAAGAAAGAAGAUGCAAAAUAGCAGCAGAAUGGAGUGGAUGCACAGCACCAUCCUUUCUGUUCUAACAUAGUAUUUAUAAAAAUAAAAAUUGAUGUGAGAUUCUUGCCUG